GUCAUGAUGAAAUACUUCUUAGUCUUUAUCGUUCAGUGUGGAGUGUUUAAAAGUUGUUUGAUCACAUGGUGUUGAUCCUUGGUGUGAUUUGAUGGUCUAGGAUAUUUCUCUGUAUUUUUAGUUAAUAUAUGUUAAUGAUAAUAUCAUGGAUAGUCCCGCUCAAGAAGAAUCCUUAAGCAAACAGCGAAAAGAAAGGAAAAACAAGAUGAAAAAUAAAAAACAAUUUGAUCCAAAACUACUUAAAUAUUCAAGGGGUCCUGGAAUUAAGAAUCCGAAAAGAAUUAGCAAUAUUUUUGACAGAGCUAAAGUUUUAAGAAAAGAAAAAAAUAUACAUUGGGCUGAAGAACAAGCUGCCAGAGCUGAGGUCUUACUCACAGAAGAAGUUGGAUAUAUUGUACCUGAUAAAGGUGAAAAGACCAAUAACUUAACCCAGAAGAAUAUUAGUAAGGCUGUUGAUAUAACCAGUGCAACUAAGUAUUUUGAAUUAGACCUCAAAUUUGGUCCAUACAGGUUUGAUUACACUAGAAAUGGCAGGCAUUUAUUAAUAGGAGGUAAAAAAGGACAUGUUGCUGCGAUGGAUUGGGUUACAAAACGGUUGCUUUGUGAAAUUAAUGUAAUGGAAGAAGUAUGCGAUGUACAGUGGCUGCAUGUUGAAACGAUGUUUGCUGCUGCUCAAAAAAAAUGGGUGUAUAUAUAUGACAACCAAGGUGUGGAAUUACAUUGUAUCAAAAAAUUGUACAAUAUAUUAAGGAUGACAUUUUUGCCAUAUCAUUUCCUUCUGGCAACAUCGAAUGAAGAUGGUUGGUUGAGUUGGUUAGAUAUCUCUAUUGGGGAGUUAGUUAGCCAGUAUAAUACACGAGAAGGAAGGCUGUCAGUUAUGGAAUAUAAUCCAUACAAUGGAGUAAUCUGUUUGGGCCAUUCAAAAGGUGUUGUGACUAUGUGGAGUCCCAAUGUUCAGAAACCCUUAGCCAGUAUGCUGUGCCAUCCAACAGGAGUUCAAGCUAUUGCUAUUGAUAGUACAGGAAAGUACAUGUCAACAUCAUCAGCAAACAGUCAGAUUAAGGUUUGGGAUUUAAGAAACUUGACUGGUCCAUUAAAAUACUACCAACUUAAAAAUGCUCCUACUGAUCUCAGUUUCAGCCAGAGAGGUUGUUUGGCUGCUGCUAUAGAAAACACUGUGCAGAUCUACAAAAACUGUCACAUAGAAUCAGUUAAUGAACCAUAUUUAGUUCAUAAAACACGAACAUUUGUUCAUGGAAUAAAUUUUUGUCCUUAUGAAGACGUUUUAGGAAUUUCCACUACUAGUGGAUUCAGUAGUAUCCUAGUUCCAGGUUCUGGAGAGCCUAACUUUGAUGCACUGGAAGUAAAUCCAUUCCAAACCAAAUCACAAAGAAGAGAAGCAGAAGUUAAGUCAUUGUUAGAGAAAGUACAACCAGAAAUGAUAGUUUUGGAUCCCUCCAUUAUUUCUGAAGUGGAUGUACCUACUCUAAGAGAUAAAAUUGAGGCUAAAGAAAAACUCUUGUAUUUGAAAGUUCCGAAGAUUGACUUUACGCCAAGGAAGAAGAAACGUGGAAAUACUGCUAGAGCAGCAAGAGUCAAAAAGAUAGUCAAAGAAAACAACAAAAAAGAAUUUAUCAAGGGCAUCAAGGAAGUACAGAAAAACUUAGUGAAUGUAACUAAAGGGGGUAACAACAAAAAGAAAACACAAGCUCCAAGUGUGUUGGAUAGAUUCAGAAAAAAGUAACUUUUAUUAAAAAAAAAAACAACCACUUAAAAACUCAUACUUAUAUAAAACAAAUAUUGUCAUCAUUGUUGCUGAAUCCUUCCUAAUCAAGAUUAGUUUUUGUUUUUUGAUGCCAUCCAUUCAAGAAUUUGUGGAGUAAAGUAAGUAAUGAUGCAAUCCGCUCCUAAAAUUUAAAUUGUACAUUUAAUUGUAAAUUGUGUAUGGUAUUAAAUUUGUAAAUAUUUUUUAUAAGAUAAUAAAAAUUUAAGAAAAACUUGUUUAUUUAUAGUAGCUUUCUAUUGGUUUAAAUAUAGAAGAAUUAUGAAAAUAUAAUAAUAAGAUUUAUCUAAAAGUUAACAACGUCAAUGUUUUUGAAAUCAUUAUCAACUUGAUUUUUUUUUUUUUAAUUUUUGGAAUAAAAUUUUAGGAUAUAAAAAAGUAAUGAAUAAAAUAUUUUAAAUAAACUAAGUUACUUUAUCAAAAGUCUUAAAUUCCUCCUAUGGCUUUGCCAGAUGAUAAUAUUCUCAAUAAGUUACAGUCCUUUGCUAAAUAGAGAUAAAAAAUAGUCCUAAAUUUACUCUUAUUCAAUAAAAGCAUCCUGGCAUACAAAAAAAAAAGACUAAAUAGCUUAUGAUUAUUAAGUUAUACAUUUUAUAAGACAUUGAGAUAGACAAAUACUAUGGGAAACUCUUGGGAAUUUAAGAUGUUUGAAGUUUGAAACUAUACCAAUUUUUACUAAAAUAUGAAUUAACAGUUUUUAUAUAUAACCUGCUCGUCGGAAACUUGUCAUUGUUUCUUCAACAGCUUUUUGAAGAUCAACUGCACCAGCUUUGGCAGCAUGGUAAAUCAUGGCAUAUUCUCCAGAUACCUGGAAUAUUUAAUUGUAUUAAACUGAACAGAGAUAAAACAUUAUUACACUUUGAAUUUAUGCAUUAAUUUUCUCCUGAAAUCACUGACAAAGUGCUUAUAUUAUAGAAUAAUAAUAUACAAACAGUGAGCAGUCUUAAAUUUAAUGUAUCAACUAAAAAUAAUGUACUUGAUAGGUUAAAGACUGAAAUUACUUGAUAAACAAACAGAGGGUGAUCAGGAAAUUGUUCUUUAGUAGUUUUGAGCACAUCUAAAUAAGGUAGGCCUGGUUUCACCAUUAACAUAUCAGCCCCUUCUUCCACAUCACGUUCCUGGAAUAAUAAUAUAUUAUUCAUUAUACAUGAUAUACUUGGUACUAGUUGAAUAUGUACACCUUUAAAAUCAAUAUCAUACUAUACCAGGGGAAAAAAAGACAAUUACUAAAAAUAAAAAUGAAUAACUGUUUAUCAUUAAAAAUUGAUGAACAAAGUAAUGCAUUUGAUAUGUAGUAUGUACGCUUGUGUCCAUCUAUCUAUCUAUACUGGCUCUACAACCCAAUUAGCGAGUCAUGGCCUCUGCCAACAGCAUCCACCAGGUGUCCCUGCUUUGCGCUGCUACCAUCCAGUCUAGAACUCCUAGCAUCUUUGUCCACACUGUCCCUCCAUCUUAACUUUGGUCUUCCUUCCUACUCAUCGUGCUCCAUACACGAUUUCAACCAACACCUUCUUUGGGAUCAUGUCAUCUCUCAUUCUGGCCACAUGACCAGCCCAUCUGAGACAGCCUACUCUUAUAACAUUGACCUCAUUCAAACGCUGGUAGAUCUCCUGAUUUUUUCUUCCUCUCCAAUCUCCAUUCACUUGCACUGCACCAUAAAUCCUUCUUAUUAGAAUUUUUUAUUCAAAUAUUAGGAGGUAUUCAAAUAUUGGCUGACAUUGUUAUUGUCCAAGUCUCUGAUACAUAACUUAAAACCGGUCUGAUAAGAGUUAUGUAGAGGAUUACUUUGCUACGCUCAGUCACCAGGGUACUUUUCAUAUGUUGACUAAUAGCAAUACCAUAAUAGCAACUGAUGGCCAGCAAAAUCCUCUUAUUUAUCUCUGUAUCCAUCCGGUUAUCAACAGUGAUCUGUGAGCGCAGGUAAGUGAAUUCUGGUACCUGUUCAAAACCUUAAGGGUCCAACACUCACCCACAUCCUGAGGUCUCCUGGAUUACCAAGUAUUUCUUUUUUUUUCUCGUUGACAGUCAGGCCGAGUUUCCUUGUUGCUGCCUCUAGGUCCAGAAAUGAUUGUGCAACCGCUUGCCGAGAACGCCCAAUAAUGUCUAUAUCGUGGGCAAAAGCGAGGAGCUGAACAGUCCUGUAGAAGAUCGUGCCAAAUGUUUGUAUUUGGGACUCACAAACUGCUUUUUCUAGGGUCAAGAGAAUAAGGAGGCAUGCCAGGGCAUCAUCCUGUCGUACACCCCUUCUCAUAGAAAAUUCCUCAGACAGAAUAUCUGGUCGAUCGUUGACCUUCCUCGUCUGAACCUGCACUGGUACCUCCCAAUCUCUCGAUCCGCAAACAGCAAUAGUCUGUGCAUUUCAAUAGGUUUCUCUUGUUGUGGAUUGGGCAUAUGACUGUCUUCUUCCAAUCUGUAGGCAUUAUUUCCUGAGUCCAUAUGCUCACCAACAAUAAGUUGUGAAGGAGCUUGAAGAGUUCCUUACCUCCUUGCUUAAGUAGUAUACUUGUGUAGUUAUCAUUAUUACAUAAACUUUUUGUGACCAACAAUGAUUUUCAAACAUAAAUUGGAACUAUUGUCUUCCAGCUAACAAAAUUUUCUUAUUUUUCCAGAUCUAGUAGACAUACUGGUUUUCAGUUCAAAGUUAUUUAUUAUGAAUAUAAUAAAUACUCUGUACACACUGAAAUAACUAGAAAUAAAUAUUCAAACGUUAAAAUAUAUUUUACUGAUUAUAUUAUGCAUUGAAUUUGGCCAACUCAUAAUUUUCCAGAGAAAAUAUUUGCUAUACAUCUAGAUAUUAUUUUCAGAAGUUCAAUAAAAAUAUUUUACCACAGCACGACGAGCAAGUCCUGAACUUCCUUGUGGCAACUGAUAACA